AUGCGCAAUGAAGCAACAUUCGAGCAUUUACUAAAUGAUGUUAUUGAUUUUGGAAAGAAGCACAAUAUUAAUCUCAAUCAGCCAACAAGAUUUCGAAGAAAAACUUUGAUACCUUCAAGAUUCAAAGAUUCGGUUGUUUUUACGACAACUAUUGGUCAAAAUGAUUGGGGAAAUCAAGAAUCAUUUCAUUCUAAUGAAGACAAACUUCGACAUGAACUUUUUUAUUCACUUAUUGACUCUAUAUUAAUUGAACUAAAUGAUCGUUUUAAUGACGAAAAUAUACUUCUUUUUUCUAGUGUGUCGGCUGUUCAUCCAAGUAAUCAGCAGUUUUUGGAAAUUGAAUCUCUUAAACCAUUGGCAUCUCAUCUUAUGGUCGACCUCAAACAACUGGAAAAUGAACUCAGUGUCGUUAAGCAUUUUAUUCGAGAGAAGAAAGCAUCAAUGAAAACUAUCCAAGAUCUAUUAACUGAAUUGAAACCGGUGAAUGAAGCGUUUCCUGCAACCAUUUCUUUACUGAGAGAUGCUUUAUGUUUACCUGUCUCAUCAACAACGUGUGAACGUAGUUUUUCUCGUAUGAAGCUGAUCAAAACAUAUUGUCGAAAUUCAAUGGGUGACGAGCGUCUCAGUGAUCUUACAUUACUAGCUGUCAAACGGGAUUUUGAUAUUGAUUUAGAAGAAACAGUUGAUAUAUUUAGUAAGGCACACAAGAAUGGUCGCAUUUUGCUUUCGUAA